AUGUCACCCGAGGAUGGAUAUCUGCCUUCAUAUUAUCCGCAAGAAAAUGAAACUUAUUACGAAGAAUGGGCCGGUACGCUGCACAGUAAUCACAACUUUACAAGAGCCGCAGUUGUCAUUGUCGGUGGCGGCAUAUCAGGAAUAUGUAUGGCCAUUGAUCUCUUAGUCAACCGGAAGAUGAAGAACAUUAUAAUAUUGGAAAAGGGAGGUGGUUUCGGCGGCACAUGGAGAGAUAACAAAUUCCCCGGCUGUUGUUGCGAUGUCUUCAGCGUGCUUUACUCGUAUUCAUUUGCUCAGAACCCCAAAUGGUCUCGUCGGUAUCCCGGUCAGGAAGAGAUCUUGGAUUACCUGACCGAUGUUGCUCAAAAAUAUGGUCUUUACAAAUUUACGAGAUUUCACACGACCGUGGAGGCGGCCGACUGGAACGAUAAAACCCUCCAAUGGGAGACUACGGUGACUGUAGGCGGAGGGAAAGACUCUGAAUUCACUCCCUCCUACAAAAUAACCAGUGACUUUCUGGUUGCUGCAACUGGCCAGCUCAAUAAACCCAAAGGGAUUGAUGUCCAAGGGUACGCGGAUUAUCAAGGGAAAAUCAUGCAUUCUGCCCGGUGGGAUUGGAGCUAUGAUUUGAAAGGAAAGCGAAUUGCUAUCAUUGGGACUGGUGCAACUACUGCCCAGAUUGCUCCGGAGGUCGCGAAACUGGCAUCUCAACUUACCAUCUGUCAAAGAACGCCGGCUUGGGUUAUCCCACGCCAUGAUAAGAAAAUCUCUGACUGGAUGCAAAUGCUGUUCGCAUAUUUCCCACCAGCGCGCUGGCGAGUGCGCGCAGAGGCGAUGGAUUUCCGGGAGUCUUUCCACUCCGCUGUCACUCAAUCCGAUUCUGCUUAUGCUAAUCUUAUGAGGUCCAUGAACUACAAUCUACUGAGAGAACAACUGCCUAAUCGUCCUGAUCUUUGGGAAAAGCUGUCGCCUAACUACCACCCCGGAUGCAAAAGGACGGUGAUUAGCGAUGACUACUAUCCUACCCUUCUGCGGAAGAAUGUGAAGCUGGAGACUCACAAAAUUGUGCGCUUUACAACAGAUGGAAUCAGAUUCGAAGGCCAUGACUCGGCGGAAAAGUUCGACUUGAUCGUGCUGGCGACGGGAUUUGACACGUUUUCGUUCUUGUCACCGAUCAAAAUCACUGGGCGAAACGGUAGGCCGUUAGAGGAGAUCUGGGCAAAGGCUGCUUAUGCCUACAAAGGUGUGACUGCGCCAGAUCUUCCGAAUUUUGGAAUGUUGUAUGGUCCAAAUACGAAUCUCUCCCACAAUUCUUUGAUCCUAGUCAUCGAGGCCCAGACAAAGUACAUCUCAGAACUUGUCAACAAAAUUCUGCAGGCCAGACGCAAAGGCGAGGAACUGGCACUCUGUCCAUCGGAGGAGAAGACGUUGAGAUAUUGGCAUGACCUGCAAAUGGCAUUGCAAAAGACAUCGUUUGCAGAUCCCAAUUGUAACAGCUGGUGGAAACGGGCCGACGGGAUCAUUACGAACAACUGGGCAGGUACGGCCAUUGAUUACCAGAAAAAUUUGGCAACUGUGAAGUGGGCAGAUUAUCAUGCGUUUGGAUUGGCAGGGAUUGAGGUCGACACAUUCGCAACAGGUGGUGAAGUCACCAAGAUUCGGCGGGUCGUGGAGGAGACAAGGUUGAGUAGGACUGUGUUGGGUGUUUUUGUUGUGGGUGUUGUUGGGCUGAUCGUGCAGGGCAUCGCAUGGAGGAUGUGA